CGGCCUUUUUCGUGGGACCGUCAAAAUCCCCUGUAUGUACACUACCGCCACUACGUCCACGUAUACGAUGUGACGUGUUUUCUCUGUCAAGCCUACCAACGUCGGCAUAUAUACAUACGUACGUAUGUGCAUACAUAUUUGAGAUCGAGAAUUCCUCCUAGCAGUUGUUGCCUGUGCGAGCAUAGCCCGUUCUCGGUUUUUCGAGGUGACGUAUGUUCCGUCUGUACCGGUUUCGUUCACUUUCGUCUGGUAUACGGACAGAUGAUCAUUUGUGAUUCGAUAUUACUGUCUCGUCAUUGGCAAUAUACCAAUUACCAUGAUGCGAAACAUGUUAAAACAUGAAGGUAUUUUUUCGUUUCUAUGCAUUCUCAAUUUUGGAACUGGUCUGUAUUUUCAUAUCGGUGAAACUGAGCGGAAAUGCUUCAUCGAGGAGAUUCCCGAUGAUACUACGGUCUUAGUCAAUUACAAAGUGGAACUUUUCGACCCAAGAAGUGGUGGUUUUAUGCCAAGUAGUCCUGGUAUUGGAAUGCAUGUCGAGGUAAAAGAUCCCGACGACAAACCUAUCCUCUCUCGAGUUUAUAGUUCCGAAGGUCGCAUUUCCUUCACUUCGCAUACUCCAGGAGAGCAUGUAAUCUGCUUGUAUUCAAACAGCACCGCCUGGUUUAGUGGUACCCAAUUGAGAGUACAUUUGGAUAUUCAAGUAGGGGAACAUGCGAUUGAUUAUGCUAAUGUAGCACAGAAGGAAAAAUUGUCAGAACUUCAACUUAGAAUACGCCAGCUCUUGGACCAAGUCGGACAAAUAACCAAGGAGCAAAAUUACCAAAGAUAUCGGGAAGAGCGCUUCAGGCAAACAUCUGAAAGUACUCAUCGUCGUGUAUUCUGGUGGUCUCUGACGCAAACUGUAAUUGUUCUGAUUAUGGGUGCAUGGCAAAUGAAGCAUCUUAAGAGCUUCUUUGAGGCAAAAAAAUUGGUUUAACUGUUCUGUAUAUGUGUGAUGGGAGAGAUGUAUGCUAGUUUCAUCAGCAACAGUAUCAUUCAUAUGUCUAAAUUUUAUUUAAAACACAUUUGUUAGACAAUUCUCAUUGUAAUACUUGAGCACUGUGCUUGUCGAAUUGAUAUAUUUGUAUAAAAUUACCAGUUAUUUCUUAAAAUAUGAAUAAAUUUUUUGUGAUUAUAUAUACAAUUGUGUAAUACGUAUAAAUUGUGAGAAUAAAAUAUAUAUAAGAUAUAAUUAAAUAA